AUGGUUGCUGAGAACCACUAUCCACAUAUCACCGAGCUCACGGAGCAUCAGAAAGAUAAGAUUGCAGAGUUGAGAUCAAAAACUAAGGAUAUCUUGGCGACAUAUCCUGAAUAUGAUACCGAUUUCUCAUUGCUGCGUUGGUUGAUGGGAUGGGAUUACAAAAUUGACGUGAUCAUUCCAAAGAUGCGCUACGCCAUCGAAACAUUGGUGAAUCUUGGAAUGAACAAUCACCAGACAACAAGCGUCGAGCAAAUAAAUAAAGACAUCAAGAAGAUGUCAGCUGUCGCCGAGUACUUUCCAGGAGGUAUUAUGGGCCAAAGCCGACGAGGUGAUGUGGUCUACAUGCAAGCAAUGGCAAAGGCUCAUCCAAAAACUUUGGUGAAAGCUGGUCCCACUUCUCAACUCUUCCAACUUUGUAUUUCGGAGACUGAAAUGUCUUUCAAAAUCAUCCGUAAAACCGAGGCAGAAACCCAACGCAAAAUGGGAGUAAUCAUAAUCAUGGAUCUCGAUGGUUUCAACAUGGACUUGCUCUACACGCCAACACUCAAAGUGUACAUGAGUCUGCUCACUCUUUUGCAGAACAUUUUCCCCGACUUUGCUCGUCGAAUCUUUAUUAUCAACUGUCCGGCGAUGAUGUCAGUGGUUUAUGCGAUGGUGUCGCCGGUUCUGUCCUCGCAGACGCGUGAGAAGGUCCGAUUCUUGGACAAGGACUGGAAAAAUCAUCUGAUUGAGGAGAUUGGCGAGGAGAACAUCUUCAUGCAUUGGGGAGGAAACAAGAAACAUGAACAUCCGUGCGGAGAUAUCCGGAUGGGAGGAAAAGUGCCCGAGAAUCUUUGGUACAACGACUCUCACAAACUGGAAGUGGACCGUACCAAAAUCUCCGUAUCUGCCAGAUCCAAAACCGAGGUGAAAAUGUACGGUGAAACUGGAAAGCACUUCCAUUGGCUUUGGCGUGUUAGCAGUGGCGACAUUGAUUUUAGCAUCGAGAAAGACGGUCGAGUAGUAUGGCCAGUUUUCCGGUGUCUGACUGAAUUCCACCCAGAGAUUGGAUCCUUCAAGAUUGAGGAGACCGGAGAGUAUGUGUUCAUUUUUGACAACUCGCAUGGAAAGCUUUUCGGGAAAGAUGUCAAAUACAAAAUCAUUUUGGAAUAA